UUAUCAAGCUAUUAUUAAAGACACAUACUUUAAUAUAAUUUAUAGACCAUAGAGGAUACACGUUUUAAACCAUCUUGCUUGUUGUUUAAAAUAUUCUGCAAAUUGUUGUACUCGCGGGCGUGAGAAAAACGUGGUAGCAGUAGAAGUAGAAGUAAAAUAUUUAUGAACGAAAUGUGCAAGAGUUACCCAUUAUUAGAUGCUUACUGACAAUAAUCAACAGUACUUACAUGUAGAAAAUUGAUAAUUAUUGUAUUAAAACGACCGUCAUUCCCCUCAAUAAUGGGCAUUCACUUUGCAGUUUAAAUUGACAAAUAAAAUUUAAAAACAAACUGUGAAUAAGUCAUAUUUUCCUUCCAGGAUGUCAUACGGUUAAGUUCUCUUUGACUCUGAUGGGUCAACGGCCAUUAUUCCAAGGCGUCAACUCAAAGAAGAUGCGACUGUGGGACAGCAAUUUCAUCUGAAAGCAGCUGGGAACCACCUUUGUGAAACCUUACAUCUUGCAGACACAAAGGAUGAACUAGACCAAUGGGAGCGAGUGUGGUCAACAACAUCAAGAAGCAAGAUGAUACGCCAAAAGAGGGACAGGGUUGAAACAAGUGGAUUUCUUGACCAGAGUCUUCAACUGUUUGUUCUGUUGGACCCAAUAACUGUUACUGACUCAGCUCUUCCCAAAACCUCUGGAAAACGCAAGAAGUCAUCUCCAAAACAACAAAACAGAAAACGAAAGAAUGAAAAAAUCCCGAACCCAAGAACCAAGAAGUUGACCCCUAAACCAAAACGUGCAUCGUCUCCAAAGUCAACUCUAAAAAGGGCAUCACAUCCACAAGAUGCCUCAACUCCAAAAGAGGCGACAAUAUUAUUAAAAUUCUGCAAACAAACUGUUUGAACCGGGACUUUCAUUGUUAACUCUUUCAAUGUGUUUCAACACUCGUAUUCUGUAAGUAUUCCGUCACAUUUGUUUUAUUUUCUGUAAGUCUUUUUAUAUUUAAGUUAAAGAAAUGUGAAUUUUUAAGAGUAUUUGGUCAUUAUCUUUUUUUCUUGUUAUUAAUGUUUAAGUAAAAGUGUCUUUGUACGUUUAUUAUAGGCUUUAUGUAUGUUACUUCUAUGUUAUGUAUUGAUAACUGUUGGUUUUACUUUGGUAUUGUCUUUUGUUUUAAGAUUUCCAAAGUAUUCGGUAUUCGUUCCAUGGGUAUAGCUCUUGCUCUUACUAACAUGCCAGUUAUUUUCUUAUCUAUACUUUUUAUAAUAUAUAUGGUACAAUUACAUGGUACCAUGUUAGUGUUUGUGUGUCGUUAAUAGAUGCAAGAGUUGUAAAAACUAGCAUUUUGUAUCUACAAACAUUUAUGUUACCUGACAACCUGUAGAAUUGGAAUUUUUGAUAGUGCUAUUGGGAACUCUGAUUAAUAAUGGGUUAACUUUAUUUUAUGAAAUUGUUGAUUGACGAGUAUUUAUGGGGCUUUAAUUUGAUGUUGAUACUCUUCAUUUAAAAGAUUGUUAAGUUUAAAAUAACCAGGUCCUUUGUGUUGUAUUAUAGUAAUUGAUUAUUUCAAUCAAAUAAUGGUCUGUCUUGUAUCCUGGUUUUAUGUUUUUUUUAUUAAUUUAUUAUAGAUCUAGACCAAAGUUUAGUCAAGUUACACUGAAACCUUUGUGGCAUGUAAGUGCAAUGCUAAUAACAUACAUUUGCAUAUAAACCUUUUGCCAUUUGUUCUCUUAUGUCUAUGUUGUGCAUUCGAUAUUAUGCUUCAUUUGUUCAUUUGUUUGUUAUUGAUGGAUACUACACCAGAGAAAUAAAUAUGCAGAAUUC